AUGAAUAUGAAUGAUUUAACUAUAGCUAAAGUUGAGUCAAAAUCUACUAUAAAAGUAGUUGAAGAAAAGAUAGAUUUUGAAGAAGCCUUGGAGAGUAAUGGUAAUGAACUAUUUGAUGAUAGAAAUUUCUUAAUUAAAAAUAAGACUGAAAGUAUUAUAGAAGAAAAUGAUUUAUCUAAAUAUGAUUAUAAACCUCAAAGUAUAGAACUAAUACAUCACUAA